AUGAGGAUACACGGGAGGCACCCUCUUGCUUCCUCUGGUGCUGUUCCAGCUGUUGACCUGCCACGGGUUUACAGGCGCAAGACCGUGCCAAGACGGAGAAGCGAUGUGUUCCUCUUAUCCAUCGGAUCACCGCGAGGGUGGCGCUGUUGUGAGGAUGGUGGCACGGCAGGAUGGUGGCACGGCAGGAUGGUGGCACGGCAGACGACGCUACUGACCACGCAGCAAGGCCAAGCAAGGGUAAGAGGCACUGCAGGGAGUCACAUCGUAAUCCCCUGCUGCUCCGACGAGGAAGCCAAGAGCUCCAACACAUCUGCAAUCACAACAACCGCCAGCAGCCCCAACGCUUCCACCAGGCGCAGCACCCGACCAGCGCGCACCUCCAAAAAGCCCAGUCGACAGCCUAAUGCCGCUGCGGCAUCCGCCGUCACAGCCGCUGCCGUAGCCGCAGAGGCAGGACAGACCGCCGCCAGCGCUCCGCCACCACGGCAGCCGGGGCCGCCACCCGCGACGGCCGCCGCCGGCACCACAGCCUCGUCAAUGGAUCCAACGCUCCCGCUCACCUCCGGCGGCGGUGCCGGCGGCGUCGCAAACACGCCCGCGGUGGCAGCAGCAGCAGCAGCGCCGCCGCUUGAGCCACUCCAUGAUGUUAUUGUCAAUGGUAAUGGUAAUUACAGUCAACGUCCAGCUCAGAGUCAGUUUGGAGCUCAGGGAAAGGAGCGGGCGGUCCAAGAUGUCGGGGAAAAGGGGUGUGAUGAUAAUGGUGAUGACGAGUUCAGCAGCUUGACGGCGAUGCUCGUCCUGCAGGGCAGGGCUGCCAGUACGGCGGUAGAGGAGGAGCCAGCUGGGUUGGCGGCGAAGGCGGCAGGGAUAACAGAAGUGGCUGAGAUGACAGCGGAGGCAGGUGGAACGGCGAUGGCGGAGGCGGCUGGGAUAGCGUUGCAACAGCCUCCGCGGGGGCCUGGGCGGGUGGACCACCAACAGCCGCAGCAACAGCCAGCUGAAGCAGCCGCCGGCGCAACGCUGGAACCGGACUUGGCACGUCGAGACAGCGACUCCGACGCCGCCGGCGAAGGACAGCCGUCGGCUCUUCCUCUCCUGCUCGGCAGCUCCGCGGGCGUCACCGCCGUCGCCGCCGCCGAAUCCGAUUCGGAUGAAGGGCCUGACGAUACAGCGGUGGCGAUCUCCGUACUGGCGGCCGCCGCCGCCGCAGCGGCAGCGGCGGAUGCAGCCGCCGGUCAUCAUUCGUUUCCCCGCGGCGGCACUUGGCGCCGGCGGCGUACGAGCACCUGGGAAGUUCGGCCGCCGGCGCGACGGCCACCGCGGGUGGUGGCGUUUCAGGUCGGCGGCGGGCUGCAGGAGCUUCAGGCUCUUGUCAACUCGGUAGUUGAACCCACCAUCAUUGACCUUCAGGGAGCGGUGAUUGCGCUGGCGCCGUCGCCGUCGGCGGCAGUGGCGGCGGCGGCACCGGCGGUAGCGGAAAUGGAGGGUGGGGAGCCGUUACGGGGCGGCCCAACUGGCGAAAUGCUGGCUGCAGCAGCAGCAGCACCACCACCACCACCACCGCCGCCGCCGGCGACGACGACAGCGUUGGUUUCUGCGAGUGCGUUACGUGUACCCGGCUGGUCAGCACUAGCUGAUUUGGUUCCGGAGCGGGCCAAGAUGUUGAGUUGGGAAAGGGCAACGCAGCACCAACAAGAUAAAAAACAGCUGCAACAGCAGCAGCAGCAGCAGCAGAAGUCGUCGAUAUCACCGCCGCCGCCGCCGCGGCAGGGUGGCGGUAUGCUGCUGCUGCACCGUGAUGACGUCACAAUAGCCAACGGGACGCUACAGCUUCACCGCGGCUGUGUGCUGGCUGUCACGGGAAGGCGGGUGGCGUUGAGGCGGGUGGAGGUGGUGGAUGCGGAGGCAGCUGCAUGGUGGCGUCAAGCUACUGCCAUGCCGGCCACUUCCCUUCAGUCGGCGGCACUCAUUAGUGUGACGUCAUCACCGUCACAGCCACCACUGCAACCGCCGCCGCCGCCGCCCCCCCCACAAACAUCGUCCGCGUCACCACAUGCCGCCUCUAACUCCCAUGAGGAGUUGACGGCCUCGGUGGCGGUGUACGACACCGCCAGCGGCGGCGGUCCGCCGUCGUUGGAGCUUGACGACUGUAGCAUCAUCGCCACCGGUCGGGAUCGCGACUUGAUCCGAGUUGACGGCGGCAAUAGCAGUAGUGGCGGCGGCGCCGCCGCCGCCGCGGUAACGGCGCGCUACAGCCGUUUCCGCGGCGGCGCGAACGCGGCAGUAGUGACGCUGCACUCGACGUUGAGUUUGGACUGCUGCGAGCUGGAGGGCUACGCGGCUGCCGGUGUGGUGGCGCUGGGGUCGAGUACGACAGUGCGGUUGGUGGGCAGCCGGCUGCUGGGUGGCGUUGGCGUUGGCGGCGAGGGGGGUGUGGGUUUGCUGGCGGCGGCGGGAUCCCGUGUCAGCGCAGUUGGGUGUUUCCUCCGCGGACACGCCGCCAAUGUGGAGUGCAGUACGAGCAGCUCUGUGGACCUCCAGGGCUGUGUUCUAUCCCGUACCGGCUGCCGGUACGGCGUGACACUCCACUCCGCCGGCGCAGCGGCAGCUACGGUGGCCGCGGGAGGGAAAAGCAGUGACGCCGCCGCCGCCGCAGCGGCCGAGCUCAGCCGGGUACGGCUGACGGAUUGCGAGUUGGCGCAUGCCGUACAGGUCGGCGGCGGGGAGUUGGAGCUGGAGCGCUGUACAUUCGCGCUGCGCCCAGCGCCGUCGGACCUUCCGGCACCGUCCGUACAGAUCACGUCAGAUCCGGCGCUAGCGGCCAAGCUGGCGGCGGCGGUGGCGGCGACAUCGCUCGGCGGCGGCGGCGGCGGCGGAGCUGGCGGAAGCAGCGGAGGUGUACGAGGGGCCGUGUGGACGGCAUAUGCCGGCAGCGUGGCGGCGGUGGCGGCGCUGCGGGUGGUGGAAUGCCGGACGGCGGCCGGCGGCGGCGGCGAGCCCGAGGCGGUGGUGCUGGAAGCGGCGGAGGCGGCGAAUGUGUACAUCAGCAGCAGCCCCGGCGUCGUGAUCCGUCGGCUCGGCGGCGGCGGUACCGGCGGCAGCGGCAGCGGCAGCGGCAGCGGCGUCACGAGCUCUCCUAGGUUGCGUCCCUAG